CCACAGACGAGGCUCAGCUCGUACUGGAGAUCACCUCGUAUUGCUGCUCCCUGCUCUCAGAGGCCCAGACAAUCUGCGUGUCUCAUUCUGUCGGGCUUCAGCUGGAAGGCUGUUGACCGUUUGAGUCCGUAUAUGGUUUUCUUCCAGGAGGUACAGAUAGCCAUCAGCACACUGCACAAGUAUUGUCUGCUGUAUAUAUAGUUGUAUUCCUGGCAAAUCGUGAGACGUCCUCCGUAGCUUGACUAGCCAGCAUACUCUGUUGUUGUUGCUUCAAAAUGCGUUACUCCUUCACACUCGCUUCUUUGGGCCUGAUCUCCUCGGCUCUGGCCAUCACUAUCACUACUCCGUCAUCAGACACGGAAUGGGACUUUUCCACCCCGAAAACCAUCAAGUUCACCAGCGACUCCAGUGAUCCUGAGUAUAUCAGUAUCAUCCUGCGAAAUGAGGAUGGCUCCUUCCAGACCAAGUUGGCGGACAACGUGAAGACCUCCGAGGGGGAAUACACCACUCAACCCAACCCUAGCAUUUCCAACGGAGAUGACUACGAAAUCCAGAUCAUUGAUUCAUCAGGGCAGCUCGCCGUGAGCCCGGUGUUCACAGUCGAGAAGGGUGCUUCGAACGAUGGUACAACGUCCUCAUCCUCAUCCUCCUCACCUUCUUCUUCCUCAUCUUCAUCGACCACUUCAUCAUCCUCAACGUCCACCACCACCUCUACCACCUCCACUGCUUCCUCUACAUCCAGUGAGACCACUUCUACCUCAAUCACCACCACCACCACCACCACCACCACCACUCCAGGAUCGUCGACACCUGCGUCGUCGAUCACACCUUUGUCUUCUUUAGAUUAUUGAAGCAUGCAUGCAUGCGCUCAUCUCCAUGCUACGAGCGAAGGGGGUUGAAGGACUAGGCUAUUACGAUCGCGGAUUCUGUUAUGCUUCACACGGUAGUUUCGAU